CCUCCCCUCUACAAAUUAUUCCUAAGCAAUACCUACGAUCCUUAAAAUCUGAAUCGAAUUGUCGCCAACAUGUCCGAGAAAGUGAAGGAAGUUGCGAUGGAAGAAUAUGAGCAGGCGAGGAUUCUGACCAGAGAUGCGGUCCGGUCUGGCGCCUAUCUCUAUCCCAUUAAGGGCAUCACAUACUUCUUUACCCACCAGAACUUGUGGAAGCCCCUGGGUGAGAAGUUUCUCCCGACCAUCUCUCUUGGUGUUGGAGUAACCAUCUUCAUGUUCGCCGUCGCCUAUGUGCCCCAAGCCGCGGUUCUUACCAUCUUCAACGGUCCUCUUGCUAUCGUUACCACUGUCCUCCUGGUUCUCAGCGAGAGCUCCACGAUCUUCUCCGUUCUCAGCAAAAAUUUCUUGAUCGAUGACGCCCUUAUCGACACCUUCGAUGGCACACUUCUAUCACGCAACCUCACUUCUCUCGUCUCGACUGAGCGCCAAAUCAAGUCUGGCAGUGAUCCAAUUGCCAAAUUGGGCAAGAUCAUCCAGAAACCAUUUGCGCGAUUCACGCCGGCAGCCAUAAUUCGUUAUUUUAUGUAUCUCCCUCUAAACUUCAUUCCUGUGGUCGGUACGAUCCUCUUCGUUGUGCUACAGGGGCGCAAGUUUGGCCCAACAGCGCAUGCGCGUUACUUCCAACUGAAGCAGAUGAGCAAGACGGAGAAGAACGACUUCGUUGAGAAGAGGAAGGCCGCCUACACUAGCUUUGGUGUCCCAGCCGUGGUUCUUGAGAUGGUGCCACUGGUUGGGAUCUUCUUCGCAUUCACCAACACCGUUGGUGCUGCUCUGUGGGCGGCUGAUAUGGAGCAAAAAGAAACAACUGCACCAAACCUGCGCAAUCAAGCGGAGCUAGCCAAGAAGGCGGAGUAGUGAGGAGACGAAUACCCUCGCUCCCACUACCACUACAUAUUGAAGAGGCUCCGUGCUAAUCCCUGUGUUGGUAAGCCAGUUCGUCCCUUACAUGCGCUUUGGACCAAGCGGUCACUAUAGAUACCCAUGGAAACCUCCAUAUGCGAAGGGUAAUCUACUUGGCUGGUGUUGAGCUGGAAAAGCGGGACGAUGUACAUGAUAUGAUAGUUGAGACUUGCGUUCGAGUUUGGUUUGCGGGCCAUGUCCUUUCCCCUGCCGCACCGGGGAGUGGAACGAGUGCUGGAACAGCCCAGAGUGGAACACAGGCGUCCUAUUGAACAUUGAUGAUCACAACAUAGCCGAAGAUGAACAAAUGAAUCGAUGAUUGGAGGAUGUGUG